UCUGUGCAUAUGAAGUGUCAUAAUUUAAAUUUGCACUCCCAAUUACUAAUGAACAAAAAGUUAAUAGUGUCAUGAGUCGAACAAGUCUUGUUGAUAGUAUAAUAAUUAAUAGUAUUGAAAUGACAUAGCGAAUGACUUGAUUUCCUGCAAUUAACAAUUAUUUCAGGUUAGAUCAUCCUUGAGUUAUCCAUAAAAUGGAAGAGAACCAUUCUUUUACAUCUUGUAUGAAGAUAAGGGGAGUGUCUCUUCUGCCUCCUUUGAUCACCCCUAAACGAAGAGAAGAAUUGCUGCAGUACAAAAAUGAAGCUAUAUUAUUAGAACAAUCAUAUCAAAAGAAAAGAACAUAUCGUACUCUUUUAGAACAAAAACAUACUACAAAUUAUGAUACCUCAGAAAAUCAAUCUGUAUGUUCAGAGAAUAAUUUGAAAGAAGUGAAUAUGAAAUAUGUGCCUUAUGCAAAUUCACAGGAGACAACUAGUUUAUAUAAAAAAAAUAACACAGAUGUAUGUGAAUGUAAAUUGUCAGAGGAAUUAAAUGACUAUCUAUCAAUUGUUGAUGAGAGGGAUCUAAAUUACAAUGAAAGUAAAAAGGAAUCUCAAAUCGGCGCAGAUAAAGGAAAUGAAAGUGGAAAUUAUCAUCAAUCUGUGAAUACUGAGAAGCAUCGCUUGAUAAGAAGUAAUUCCUACACUUUGGAUAAUCCCAGUUCAAUACUUUUAGAUCAUUUGAAGAGGUCUUCAUUAAGUUCAUGUGAUCAAAACAUUACUUCUAGAAAUGAUAUUGAAAUAUUUGAGAGUAUUGAAGGGAAAACUAAUGAAACGAAAGUUAUUUCUUCUGAUGAUGAGAAUCUCAUAGAUCUUACCUCUAAUAUAUCGAAAACUGAAGAAAAAUAUAAUAAUUAUGAAAUCAUUGCUUGUCAUCAACCGUCUCUUGAAGUUAUAACUACAGACAUCACCGUUCAACAAAUAAAUUUUAGUACUUCUGAUGAGAAAAGGGAAAAUACAACUAAAAGUAUAACUUUUUGUGGGAAAACAGAUACAAAAUCUCUGGGUGAUCAGGAUGAUGCAUCAUCCAUUGAGAGUAUUGAUCCAGAAGUUGAAUUGCAAAUGAUUUUACAACAGAUUCCUGAGAAUUAUGCUAAAAAAAUUGUAGAGUUAAUCAAGACACAAAAGCAGGAACAACAACGGGGAGCAAAACAUUUCGAAAAGUUAAAGAGAGGAAUGGUACACACUGAGGAUUUCGAUAACGAUUCUUUAGUUGAAGUUUCAUCCCCAAAAAGGGUAAUUAUUACUAGUACUUCAACUACACAACCAAACUUGCCUACAAGUGAUGUAAUGAAUACUGAAAGUAGAUCAGGCAGUAUAGUUUCACAUUGCAGUACUUUUGGAAAAUCUAUAGCUUCCUCAUUAGAAGAGAGUCAAACUUUACCAUUCGAUAUAUCGCCUUCCAGUUCAAAGUCCUUGAAUGAUUUCAGUUUGAGUACUAUCAGAAUUCUGGAUCUUCAGAGCAAAAAUAAUGAUAAUUUCCCCAAUCAAUUGAAUCAUUUUGGUCCACAGGCAAUUUCAAAAAAGGAUGAAGUAACAGAAAAUAAUGAUGAUUCGAAACAUAAAGAGCUUCAAGCAUUGACAGAGGAAAAAGCAGCAAGUAUUAUUAAUGCUUAUGCUAAGGGCUACUUGGUGAGGAGAUUGAUGAAUACUACAAAGGUGAAAAGAAUUAUUCAAACUAUUCAAGAUGCUCUUGUUUGUGCUUUGGAACUGCAAAGUUCUGAGGCAAUAGAAGAAGCUGAUGUGGAGUUACAUCGAAAUCUAAUAAAGCUGGUUUCAUCUGCCUGUUAUGAAUUUCAUGACAUUUUUUUUGCAUUAAAAAUUCCUGAACAGAUGGAUAUAAUUGCAAUUGAUAGGGAAAGAUUGAGGAAUACUUUGUCAGUUAGAAGCACCAGUUCUAGUACAGAUCUUCGCCAUAAGGGACAAAUUUCACCGAAUAUCAGAUCUUCAAUGAGCCUGACCAAAAUAUGAUGUUUCUGUUAUUCCUUCCAUUGAUUUUGUAUUAAUAUUUUCAUUCAGAUUGUUACAAAUCAAAAGCACAAUUUAAUAAUGAUUAACAAUGGCAUGAAAUGGUUUUAAAAUUUUGAUAUUUUUUAUAAUAUUUUUAGAAUACUUCAUAUUGAAGAAUAUAGAAGAUGUGUUUUACAUUGAUUUCUAUGACAAAUGAAGAUUGAUUCCAAUAAAUUAUUUUAUAUAUAUAAUGUUUUCGAUAGAGAUAAUUAAGUGAAAAAGUUCUAUAAUAAAUUUUAUCUCUAAUGA